CCAUCUACUUUGUUGAAUACAUUCGACUCCUGAUACACUCGUUCAUCAUGCAGUUCCUCACUGCAUUCACUCUUUUCCAGCAGGCUCUGCUCCUCCUGGCCGGGCUUUCCUUCGCACUGCCCACCCCCUCAGUUGAUCUUGUCGUCAACGAUGACAAACCAACCCUUCAGUACAACGGGGACUUCGGUCUGCCUCCUGUCAUCGACAAACGCUACGACGUUCUCCCCAUCAUCAACUACUGGCGCGUCCGCGUUGGCUCCCACCCCCUCCAGUGGUCCGGCAAACUCGAAGGCAACGUCCGCGAUACCGUCAACUCUGCCCACGGCUCACUAACCCACAAGUUGAAUCCCGGCACCCUCGCGCAAGUCCUGGCGCCUGGAGUGGAAUGGUGGUUCGAAAACGUCUGGGUUGGUGGCUGGAUGUGCGAGCAGCCUAACAUGUCGGGCAUGGGCGAUGCGUGCCGGACCUGGAGCAAGGGCUGGGUGUAUAAUGGGCAGACUGCUCAUGCCCAGAUUGUGACUUCGAAUGCAUACUCGCAUAUUGGGUGUGCGUUCGCGGGUGGGAUUUGGGGUUGUGAUCUCGGUCAGGGUUAG